AUGCAGCUGGCGUGUGUGCUGCAAGGUCCCCACAGGAGUUCAGUGGUCACCGCAGUGAGCUGGUGCCCUGAAUGCCACUCCAGGGACAUGAAGGAGGGAGCGGGCCUCAGGUUGGCGUCCGGGGACAGCGAGGGGCGGGUGGUGGUGUGGGACAUAGCCACGGCGACGCCGGUGAUAGCGCUGGAGGAUCCGCUGACGGCUGCCCAGGUGGGCAGCAAGCGGACAGAGCCGGGCAAGGGCAAUGCGGCGCUGUGGAGGAAGGACUUCGGCGCAGAGGCCGCGCUGGCGAGUGUGAGGGUAGACCCUGGGGACGCGCGGCGGCUGGUGCUGUGCGGGCAGCGGGGGUCGCUGAUCGUGCUGAAGCUGGGCAACAUGGCGCGUGACCGCGUCGAGCAGCAGCAGUACAAGGUGGACAUGAGCGCGAGCAAGCCGGGGGACACCCUGCGCGCCGCCUUCUCCACCACCCGCGACCUCCUCUAUGUCCUGCUGCCGCGUGAGGUGGUGGUGUUUGAUCUGGAGUAUGGGCAGCCUGCGGCGUCCACGACACUGCCCACAUCGCGGCCGGCGUUCCGGGAUGUGCUGGGCUGCUUCGGCCACGCGGACGUCGGCAAGGGCCUGUCUGAGAGCGGCGAUGGCAGCCUGUCGAUCUGGCGGAGGACGGAGGGGCAGCUGACCUACUCGCUGCUGGGCCUGCACAAGCUGGUGCCGCCGCCCUCGCGAGUCAACAACAACUCGACGCUGUCGCUGCUCUGCGCGUCCGCGGCCGCCUGGGUUCGCUGCGACAUCGACGCGCUCCGAGGCAGCGACUCGGCCUCGACCACCUUCGAGCCGCUGGACUCGCUGCCGCCAAAUUCACUCGGCGCCGCCACGCGCGCGCUGAUGACCAAGGGCCGCAAGCUGUCCACCAUUUACAGCCGCGUGCUGGGGGAAUCCGGUGAGGGUGCCAGCUGGCAGAAGCACACCCUGGGGCAGCGCGGCAGUGGCCUGGAUCCGCACAGGGCCGCACCCGAGGCGCCCACUUCAGCGGCAGCGCCUAGCGGAGUGCCCCAGAGUGCCGGCCGCACCGAGAGCACCCAGCAGUCCGGCGCGCAGCAGCAGGGACAUCUGAGCGGCGCUGGCGGCAGCAGCCUGUCAGCAUACGCGCAAGAAGACCGCUCAUCUGAAGAGGAGGCGGACUUUCUGCGCUCGAGCAUCUCCGGGCGCAGCUCUGGGGAGAGCAGCCUCGGCCGAAUCUUCACCGCGCAGUCCAGCCUGGACCCCGUGCCUGAAACCUCCGAGGCCGCGCCGGUGGAUCUGGAAAAGACAUUCGGGCCGCUGACUAGCUACCCGGUGCGCCUGUCUCCCGCGGCGUCCUCCAGCGCCGGCGGCUACGGGGGGAUUUCCCCGCGCGGCUCGGGGGGCCUGCCAAUGCAGCACUCGCUGGGGGAUCCGGGGGGCGCUGGGGGGGAGGGGACCGCCCCGCUGCUGUCCAGCUCACCGGCGCGGUCGCCCAUGGUGCGGCGGCAGAGCUCGCUCAAGCCGCCGCGGCCGCCCGGGUCCGCGCUCAAAUCGGCCAAAUCGCUCACGUUCUCGACGGCGCCGCCGGGCGACUGCGCGGCGUCCUCGUCCGACGAUGGCGCCCCGCGCGCGCCCCCCAGCGUAUCCUCCACCACCAGUAACAGCCCGAUCUCCUCCCUCUCGGCACCGCGUAACUCCUUCGAGGAGCGCAUCACCAGCGGCGGCUUCGCCUCGCCGUCCGGCGCGGACCAUUCCACCUUCCGAGCGGCCGCCGCCUCGCCGCCGCAAUCGGUCUUCGAGCAGCACGCGCCGGCGCCCUCGGCGGCCCCCCUACAGCAGAACCCAGUGUCGCCCUUUGACAGGGGGUCGGCGGCCGCGCCGCAGAUGCGGCCGAGCCUGGCCGCCGCCGUGGAAGCCAACGGCGCCGCGAUCGGCGCGUCGCUGUACUCGGCGGCGAUACCGACGACGGAUGUCCCCUCGCCGCACGAGUCGCUGCUGCUUAUGGCUGUGAGCGAGGAGGGGUACGUGUGGCAGUGGGACGUGCCGCUGCAGGACCUGUUCGAGGACGAUGUGGCAGCGCCGGGCUUCCCGAGCGCGCCGACGAUGCUGCCGACCGCGUUCUCCAUCGCCGUUCCCUCCAAGACGGCCAACGCCGCCGCGCCGGCCGCCACCGGCUCCACCAAGCCGCGCCUGCUCGGCCUGCUCCAGACGCUGCCGCACAGCGUGACGACUUUUUCGGUGUGCCCUGUGGCGGUCGGGGUGGGCAUGCUUGGCAUGCCGGGGGGCCCGCCGAGUGCUUCGUCCGGCCGCGGCGGCGACGCUGUGGCCGUCCUGGCGGCCGUCACCGCGGCAGGCAAUGUGGAGUUUGUCACGCUGCAGCGCGGCGCCGUCAGCCCGCUCAUGGGCACAGUCUCCGUCUCGCUCGGCGCGCACAAGGACGUGGUGCGGGGCGUGCGGUGGCUGGGCCCGUCGGCGCGCGUGGUGUCGUUCAGCAGCGAGAAGACGCAGCACGGCUACCGCAACACGCUGCUCAUCACCGACGUGCGCAGCCGUGCCAGCCUGCCCUUUCGCGAGGUGGGCCCUGAGGCCGCGCCCAUGCUGGGCAUCCGCGCAUCUCCCUCUGGCCGCUACCUCCUCAUCCUCCUCCGCGGCGCCCCCUCCGAAAUCUGGGCGCUGGGCGGCAACACAAAGCCGACGCGCAUCCGCGUGCUGGACCUGCCCUUCACGGCGGUGGAGUGGGUGCUGCCGGGGGACCUGGCCACCUGGCACUCGGCAGGCUCCGACUCCUGGAUGGUCUGGGAGCGCUCCCCACUCGCGCGCGAACGCUCCCUCAUGGGCUACUGGGACGAAGCCGACGACCACCAAAUCGCCGCUGCCGCCCAGGGCGCCACAGAGGGGCCCUCCACCGGCGGAUCGGGGCAGGAGGGGGCGGCCUCGGCUGCUCCAAAUGACAUAACGGGCCCUGAAGAGCGGCUGGCGUUUGCUCUGAGCGACGGCCGCGUCGGCGUGCUGGCAGUGAAGGGACGAAAGGUCACAGAUACAAAGCCGAAGCGGCCGUCGUGGGGCCUCAUGUCCAGCUCGUCAGAGGGCGUUGCCACGGCCAUUGCAGCCUGGGGCCACCUAGUCAUCAUGGGUGACACCGAAGGCAGCCUCAACCGAUGGGACACCCAGACCGGGAGAAUCUCCACCGUGCAGACCACACAGGGCCCUGUGAGGAGGAUACACUUUGCGCCGCCGGCUGCAGAGGAGCUGACGCGCGGGUCAUCCAGCAUGAGCAGCAUGGGCAACGCGCGCGUCUCCGUGCUGUUUGCCAACGGCACCUUUGGCAUCUGGGAGCUAGACGCUCGCAACGACCUCAAACCGGGCCCGGUGAGUGUGGCGGCGAGCGCGCGGCUGGGCAAGGUGAUAGAUCUAGCGUGGGUGCCGCUGCCGGCGCCCAUCGGGGGCGGUAGCGUGAUCGUUGUGGCGGGCGAGGACGGCAGUUUGGCAUGCGUGGACGCCACGCAGACCGUGGAGCAGCGGCCGCCCAAGCGCCGCCUCGCCGCCUUCAAAAACCUCGUCGGCGGCCGCUGGCCCUUCCCCCAGGGGGGCCUGAGCCCGCCGUCGGCGCUGGGAUCGAGCCUGCUACUGCCGCGGCCGUGGGCGGCGCUGCUGCGGCUGCUGCUGCAGCAGAAGGUGCCGGCGCGAACGCUGCGCAAGCUGGCGGGGCCGGUGGUGCCCGGGGACGAAGCGCUGUUGGAGGACGUGAUCUGGGCCUGCCUGCCCAAGAUUGCCAAGGACAUCUGGCUGCAGUCCCCCCACCGCAUGUACUCUGCUGAGGCCGAGGAACUUUCGCUGCUGGCGGGUGGGGGCGACAUGUGCCGGUCGGGCAGCGAGGAGAUUGGGGUGGCGCAGUUUGCGUCCACCAUGAGCGUGCCGCAGGACGCCGCCUGGAGCGCUCGCUUCAACACCUUCCCCAUGGCCUCCUCCCUGCCCACCCCCUCACCCCUCCUCGUCAGGAGCGCCAAGGAGCCUUCCACCCAAAACAACGAGAUGUCAAUCAGCAAACGGGCGGCGUCCCUGAAAGACCGGAUACGGGCGGGUGCGCUGGCAAAGACGGUGGGCUGGGGCGGCAAGGCGGACGAGCCGCUGCCGCCGGCGCCGUCGGCGGAGCAGUCGGAGCAGCGGCCGCUGGCGCCGCAGAAGCAGUAUGCGGCCAACAUCGGGAGCGUGGUGCGCGCUCUCACGCGGUCGCGCGCCAACGGGCAGCUGCUGCACGAGACCGAGUGGCAGGCCUAUGAGGAAGCCAUCGCCUCCGGCAGCACGGCGGCGCGUAUGGCGGUGGUGGCGGCGGUGGCGGGAAGCUCGGAGGAGGCGCGCUUCUGGCGCUGUCUGCCGGCCACGCUCGCCGCCCUCAAGGGCUCCCUGCCGCCCGCGCUCAAAGCGCGCCUCAACACAAUGCCGCCGCAGCCGUCUGCGCUCGAGAACGGCAUCCUGUCCGCCUUCGCCAAUAGCACCUCGCCCAGCGCCGCCUCCAUCGAUGACAGCCCCUUUGCAGCAAAGCUGGGCAUUGCGGAGGAGCCGCCGGACCUGUCGCAGCCGGUACUGUGGUCCCCCGCCAAAGAGCUGGCCGAGGCGCGCGAGCGAAUGACGUGGCACGAGCUCAUGUCGCGGCGCAACAUCGAGAGCAGUGAGGUGCUGCAGGAACGCCGCGUGAUCGAGUACGUGUCCGUGGGGGACUUCCAGACGGCCGUCGGCUUCCUGCUGGCUUCCACGCCCGAGAAGAGCAUCCGCUACUACCGCGAUGCCCUCUGCACCCUCGCGCUCGCGGCGGCGAGCUCGCAGCCGCACGUGGCGGUGGCGGCGGGUAACCACGAGAUGGUCUCGCGCACGCUGCACAUCCAGGCCGCCAAAGUGGUCGCAGCCCACGCGGCCUCCAUCGGGGACGCUCUGCUGGGAGUCCCGCUGCUGUGCUCGGCCGGGCUCCCCCAAGAGGGCGUCGCCGCGCUGCAGGAAGCCGGCCUGUGGCGAUACGCUGCCACGCUGACUGCGCAUACAUUAAAAGGGGACGAGCGCUCGGCCGCGUUGGACAGGUGGGCGGCGCACGUGCACCAGUCGGAGGGCGACAUAUGGCGCGCGCUGGGGAUCAUGGCGGCCGGCGGGGCGCUGCGCAACGCAGCGCUGCUGCUGCGCGAGCUGCGAAUGCCGGACGCGGCCGCCGCCUUCUGCGCCGCGUGCAAGGAGGCCGGCUUCCACUCCCCCUUCGCACCCACCGACGCCGGGGGCUUGGAGAACCUCUUCCACCACUCGGGCAACACACCGCCGCGGCGCAGCUCCAGCUGCAGCGGCGAGUUCAUGAAUGGGCAGCCCGAGGCGAACACCGUGGAGGCCGACUACCUCGACUACUGCUGCAGCGUCCUCCAGCACCUGUGAUGCAGCCUUGCUGCAAGGAAUGCACAUGUGGCAAAAGCGCUCACCACAGAAUGGACUGGAAGAUGCCACCACUCUGCACGGCUGCUGCUGCGGCGCAGUUGAUGGCAACGCACAGCUGUAUAAGUCCUUAUGGAUCACUCUUGGCAUUGUUUUUUGUGGUUGACCAAGUAGUUGGAACUGCCAUGCGGCAGCAGCAGCCAGGAAACUAGACAGCCACAGAGAGUCCCAGUACAGCAGCCUAGAAUGGCAGGGGAGCCUGGAGCAGGGAGUGCAGCAAAGAUUGCUCAUCGGUGCAGAGAGGAUUGGUCUGUGGGCACCUGAGCGUUGUGGGUUGAGGUCGAAGGUGCAGGAGAACAAAUGCAUCCAUGCACGGAGUUUGCUUUGCUCCCCCAUCAGUAGGAUGGGAGAGCAAAGCAUUGUUGCAGAGCGUUGAAGACUCGUUCAUUCUCGAACAUAGCCAAAUUGGCACUAGAGAGGUUCCGACAUGCGCAAAACCGGUCCCACCGGUGCGGUUUUUAAAUUGAAAAGCCAUCUGUUUUCACAAAUGGCGUGUACGUAUGUGGAAUUCCAAACAUCAUGAUAUGAUGGUGAACGAGCUUGCAGUGUGUCCCAAGCAUUGCAUGAAGAGCUGAUUCUGUGGGUUGAUCGGUUGUCGACAUUACAGUUGUUGUGCUCACUAAAAGUCCCUAUGUACAAAGAUAAGGGUUGUGCUAAUCUGAGCAACAAUUUGAAUCAAUCUUGAACAUCCGUUUGUAAUGCUGGCACUCCAG